AUGGCUGGGUUGAUGACGUUCAACCUUCUCUUUUGUUUGUCCAUAGUGAGGAUGUCUGCGCUUAACAUUUUCCCUGAGAAAUUUAAACUGGCUGAGAGAAACAAAUCUGUUACCCUGACCUGUAGAACAGAUAAAGAAAAAAUCAAAUGGAGACGUGAUGAUAGCAUAGGGAUGAUAUCGGAAUCAGAGUUUGAAAAACUCAGUGGGCGGGAUUUGACCGUGAUUGACCUGCAGGAAGACCUAACCGGUAAUUACACCUGCUGGAGUGAUACGGGUCUUGAAGACUACACCUAUCUCCUGCUCGACAAGUCUAAAGAAGCUACAGCUUUUAAAAUCAACUGCACAGCUGAAACCUUUUCCUGCACUCAAAAAAUCAAAUGUGCCUGGACAUCAGAUGAAUUUACUGCCUUAAGACUUCGCAAUACAAGGGAUAAUGGUGACUGGGUGUCACAGUCCGUGGAUGGGGAUUUUUUUCUCCCACAUUCCACCAAUUCAUAUUCUGAAGAGUCUGAGCGGCUGCUGAUAACAGGGGAGGCAGUUUCCACAUGCUGCUAUAUGAAAACGGACUACAGCUUCUAUCUACGAGACAUUGUUAAGCCAGCAGAUCCAGGCAUUUCAAUCUGCUCUAUAGAAAAUGAGGGGAGUGAUGAACAAAUCAUUGAAUUAGAGGUGAAGCCGCCCUCGACCUGGCCGCAGCCCCACAGUUUCUUUCCUCUUAAGCAUGAGAUUGAGUAUGAGAUACGGCACAAUGGGGAGCUGAAGACUGUAGAAUGGGAAGAGGGCUCAAAGAUCAAAGUUCAGGACUCCAUCACGAAACUAAGGGUCCGCUGCAGAGACCUGCUACUCCUCUCUCAGUGGAGCGAGUGGAGCAAGUGGAAAAAUGUAAACUAGCGAUUUCCUCCUGAACCCUUUAUUUAUAUCUCCUGUCCCAUUUUUCUAUUCCUUAUUUAUUAUUUUUUAUACGUGUUUAUGUA